GUAUGCCUGAUUUGUGUUCUUUACGAUAAGUUAAACGACUUUCCUUGGAAAAAAGUGCGUGUUAUUCAAGCCUUUAACGUUUCACGUGUCCUUUAUGGCGUAGAGAUUUCAGAACAUUCACCAUCGAGGUUAAAAAACACGAGUUUAAAAGGUUUAAUAAAUUGUCAUACUUGGGCACUUCCUUGUGAAGUUUCCUUGAAAAGAUUCAUUGAAAAUCCUCUUUAUCCGAUUUCUCCAAAUACUCAAACAUUAGUUGACAGUUUGUCGUUAAAAUGGUCAGAGAAAAACAGCAAAGAUGUUAACACGUUGGGAAGGAGGAUGUUUGGCUAUCUUCUUGCUCCUUACAGUGGUAUUUAUGUAUUUAGCUUGACAACAAAUUGUGACGUUGAAUUUAUGUUGAGCAAAGAUGACCAAGUUAGCAAUGCCAGACUUGUACUUGAAAGUGAUGUACAGAACAAUAAUAAAAGUCAUCUGUUCCAAUUUUAUUCCUUGGAGAUUUAUCUAAAAAAAAAUCAUUAUUAUUACAUAGAAGUUCUUCUUACACAGCAACCAAAUGGUGCAUUCUUUCUGAAAUGGAGAAUUCCUACUGGGCAGAGGUUUGAGGCAAUUACAACAGAUUAUAUCUUCACCUUCAUGCCCAAUAACUUGGUUUUUAAGGAGUUUAUGAAGCUUGUUCCUUUGCAUAAUCAAUGGCAAAGUUUUAUAUACCGUCAUCCAAGACAUUCAAUUUUACAAAAUACAGAACAAUUGUUGUCAGUUGAUAAGUAUUUAGAAUGGGACAAUGUUAAAGAGGCUCUACCUUUAUGUAAAUAUCAACCAGGAUUUGUUGGUAAAACAGUAUUGCAUCGCUAUCAUGCUGUUGAGGACUUUGUUAAUCCAUCAUAUGUCUAUCCCCAAGUUGCACAUUCAAACAUAAGUGAUGGCAAAUGGAUUCCAUGGUUUCCAUUGAAUGAGAAAGAAGCACUUGACAUUGUUGAUUUAUUUCUUAACCAUCUUGAAACUGCUUAUCCACGGCAGUAUAAAUUAAAAAAAAUCCUCAACAUUGAAAAAAAACCUGACUGGCAUGAAAGCAACCCAGUAUUUUACCAAGGAACUUUGAAGAACGGUGACAGAUUUUUCUUGGAACUUUUGUUGUGGGAUGAAAAAUCAGGAGAUGAAAGAGUCUUGUCUGAGUACAUUUAUCAACCCACAAAGAAUUCAUCAUUGUGUUACCCUGAAGGAAUGCAAUGGAAUAAGAAAGCACCUGUUUAUCUGUUGAUAUCAGCUCGAAAACAAGCCUCGUGGCUGUGGUAUUUUAUUCAUAAUGUUGGAAGGAUUUAUAAAGAAACAAAAGAUGAAAAUCUUCAUGUCGUGGUUUACGACUAUGACAGUACUGAUAUCAAUAUUGAAAAGGAAUUCAUGCGUAGUUCUUUUGAAAACUUUGUGAUUUUAAAAAAUCCUGAUUCAAUGUACUCUCGGACUUUUUCCCUUAACAGAGCGGCAGAAGCAGUUAAAGAUCCUCAUGCAAUCAUAUUUACCAUUGAUCUACAUUUAGAAAUACCACCUACUUUUGCUAACAAUGUUCGCAAGCAUUGUAUUUAUGACAAAAUGGUGUACACACCAAUCCUUACAAGACUUGUAUGUGGUGCAUCACCUUCAUAUCCCUCUGGGUCAUGGGAUCCUUGGGGAUAUGGAAUGUUUGGAGCAUGUAAGGCAAAUUGGGAUAAAUUCAAAGGAUUUGACGAAGUACAGUUUCGUACGAAGUGGGGUGGGGAAGACUGGGAUCUAGUGGAUCGUGCAUAUCGGUCAGGACUGGAGUUUGAGAGAAUUAAAAUGGCAGAUUUUUAUCACUAUGAUCAUUCCAAAGUUGGAUUGUGGACAUGAAGGUUUAUAAUAAGAUCCAUUUCUUUGUAAGUUUAUAAUACAAAUUUACAAAAGAAUUUGUCAUUUGGAGUUUUUAUUAACUUGUGACAUCAUAAGUGAAACACUUUAAAGAGCAGCCACAAGAAAAAUACUGAACUGCAUAGAUUAUCAAAGAACAUGAGAAUUUCAAAAAUACAUUGUGAGAAGGUGUAAAGAAUACAGUGCCAUUAGUAAAAUAUAAUGGUGACUGUUCUUACAAACUAUGUAACUUUCAACUCCAUCAUAAAUAAGUCAGGCUCUUGAAGUUAUUGCUUGGCUAGAAUACAUGUCAGAUGUUAAAGUUAUCUAGUAGGUAUAACCUACAUAAGGCUCAUUCCAUAGGUCACAAUUUGAUAAUAAAAUAUUUGUAAAAUAUAAAUUAUCAAGAUUACUGUUUGAAAUUUUUAAUUUCAAAUAUUUAUUUGUACAAACCCCUUGAUGAAUACUAAAUCACGGAAUAACAAAUACCACCCAAGUAACCAAGUUUAAUCUGAAGAGAGUGUAUAAGUCUUGUUCAUUUUACAUUCUAGUUUUCUUAUUGCAAUAGAAACAGCUCUACUACAUAAAUAAUGUAUAACAACUAGGAUAUGCUUAAAAUAAUCUUGAUUUAGUUUGCGUGCUACUCAGUUACUUCAAAUAUUAAUGAUUACAAUGUUUAUUUUGACAUCAAAUAAAGUUACGGAGAAACUCAUUCCCCCGAAGAUUCCAAAA